CGACUGACGAGCAACCAAUCCACCCAAAUCCCAGACCGAGCUCCAAUCCUCAGCGCCGCCAGUCGCGCCGCCUCCGAUGGCCGCGCGGCGCGGGCCCCACGUCAUCAAGCUCCACGAUCCCAACCCGCCCCUCCUCGGCCGGGCGCCGGGGACCGCACCGGCCGCCAUCCCCGCGCCGUCGCGCGAUGAGGGCAUCCUCGCGCAGCACCCUCGCGCCGCCCCCUCGAGCGCAUCCGCCUCGCACCCGGCCUUCGCCCUUAUCGAGGAGCGCCUCGUAGCCCGGGACCAGGACAUCCAGGAGCUCCUCGUCGACAACCAGCGGUUCGCCGCCACGCACGUCGCGCUUCAGCAGCAGCUUAUCGCGGCGCAGCACGAGCUCCGGGCGGUCUCCGUCGCUGCCACCAGGGCGCGCGCCGAGCGGGAGGUCGAGGUGCGAGCGCUGGCCGACCAGGCGGCCCACAUAGAGGCCGAGGCGCGGGCCGUCGCCGCUGCGCGCGCGGAGGUCGACCAGGUUCACGCCGACGUCCAGGUGCUCGUCGCGGCGCGCACUGACCUUGUCAACCGGCUCCAGGGCCUACGGGAGAAGCUCGCGCACAAGAAGGCUGAGGCGAGUAAGACCGAUUCCGUCCGUGCCCAGAUUGAAACCAUGCGCCGGGAGAUCCAGAAGGGCAGAGCUGCGGUUGAUUUUGAAAAGAAGGCACACUCUGAUAACCUUGAACAAAGUAAAGCAAUGGAGAAAAAUAUGAUUGCUGUGGCUAGUGAGAUUGAGAGGCUUCGAGGAGAGCUUGCAAAUGCUGAAAAAGGGGCCACCGCUGUCAACCCAGCAGCAGCUGUUGGUAACUCUGGGUAUGUUGCGGCUUAUGGCAAUUCUGAGCCAACAUAUACUGCAAUGUAUGGCAAUCCUGAUGCAACAUAUACUGCACAGGCCUAUCCUGAUGCUUAUAACACUAAUCAGGCUCACAUGCACGCUGGUGCCAGUUCCUAUUACACGAGUCAACCAUUUUCCUAUGGACAAUACGAGAGCCAGCACACCAAUAUCCAAAGAUGACUGCCGGCACAAGAUAGCUUUGACUCGUCUGCCAUCUCAUUCUCGCUGUAAAAGGAUAGUCGCAGAAUCCACCGGAUUAAGCAUGCUAGAAAAAUCUGUUGCAUCGGAGCGCUGGAACUCCUCGUGGUCAUGUUUGCUUUUCUUUUCUGGCUAAUUUGUUCCAGAAUGGAUGGGUCGAAUUUUGGAGCAAAAAUCUUUCUGGCUUCUCCAUGUACUACCAUAACGAUUUGUCAGUUAAUUCUGCAGAUUGGUGUGGUGUUAUUCAGGGCCGACUAUGAUGCCUCUAGCCAUUUGUGUACAUACGUAUAAAUGAACUAGGUGAGUGCCCGUGCGUUGCAACGGAACCGUAUAAUAACACGAUAACUUAUGUACAUAUGUGUGUUAUAUUGUUAUGAGAAAAUGUUUCAG